UUGGAGGCCACAUUUGAUUCGCGUUCUCGUCAUUUUUCUGGUUCGAGGCUCUUCUUUCAUUUUUCCUUUUCUUCUUCCAUCUCUCCAAACCCUAGAAAUUUUCACCCCUUUUCUGCGAAUCGAUUCCGAGGAAGAAACCAUCAAUCGCAGAGCAAGAACAGCGGGAAAAUGCAGCAUCAGAGGCUGAAGCAACAGCAGCAACAGCAGGCCCUGAUGCAGCAGCAAGCGGCUCUCCUCCAACAGCAAUCUCUCUACCACCCUGGCCUCUUGGCUGCCCCCCAGAUUGAACCAAUCCCAAGUGGAAAUCUGCCUCCUGGGUUUGACCCAAGUACAUGCCGCAGUGUGUAUGUGGGGAACAUUCAUACACAGGUGACAGAGCCCCUCCUUCAGGAAGUUUUUUCAAGUGCUGGUCCAGUUGAGGGAUGCAAACUCAUCAGAAAGGAGAAGUCAUCAUACGGAUUCAUUCAUUACUUCGAUCGUAGAUUUGCUACCCUUGCUAUUUUGUCACUUAAUGGAAGGCACCUUUUUGGGCAGCCUAUAAAAGUUAAUUGGGCUUAUGCCAGUGGUCAAAGGGAAGACACAUCAAAUCACUAUAACAUUUUUGUUGGUGAUCUCAGCCCCGAGGUUACUGAUGCAAUGCUGUUUGCAUGCUUUUCUGUCUAUCCCAGCUGUUCUGAUGCAAGAGUUAUGUGGGACCAGAAGACUGGACGUUCAAGAGGCUUUGGGUUUGUUUCUUUCCGGAAUCAGCAGGAUGCUCAAAGCGCAAUAAAUGACUUGACUGGGAAGUGGCUUGGCAGUAGACAGAUACGUUGUAACUGGGCCACAAAAGGUGCUGGAGCCAGUGAUGACAAGCAAAGCAACGAUGCCAAGAGUGUGGUGGAACUGACAAAUGGCUCAGAGGAUGGUAAAGAGACUGCCAAUAAUGAUGGGCCUGAGAAUAACCCUCAAUACACCACUGUUUAUGUUGGCAAUCUCGCCCCAGAGGUUACUCAGCUUGAUCUGCAUCGCCACUUUCAUGCUUUCGGUGCAGGAGUGAUUGAGGAAGUUCGUAUUCAACGUGACAAGGGCUUUGGUUUUGUUAGAUACAGUAACCAUGCUGAGGCAGCUCUGGCCAUUCAGAUGGGUAAUACCCAAUCGAUUCUCUAUGGCAAGCAAAUCAAGUGCUCGUGGGGUAGCAAGCCAACCCCACCGGGAACAAGUUCAAACCCGCUUCCUCCACCUGGACCAGCACCUUUGCCGGGCCUUUCAGCUGCCGACCUCUUGGCCUACGAGCGGCAACUGGCGAUGAGUAAGAUGAGUGGUGUUCAUGCACUGAUGCACCCCCAAGGACAGCACCCUCUGAAGCAGGCAGCCAUGGGAAUGGGUGCUGCUGGAGCCAGCCAAGCCAUAUAUGAUGGUGGCUUCCAGAAUGUCGCUGCUGCCCAGCAGCUCAUGUACUACCAGUGAUGAAUGAGUUCCGUUGUGGGUGGGUGUGGGGGGGUUGAUCCUUGAUUUGCCCUACCAUUCCAGUAGAUCAUCCUUGUGUUUUCUAAACUUCUAGGGAGUUUUUCUGAUGCUUCUCUUUUUUCCCCCCGUUUUUUUUUUUUUUGCCCCUCGAGUUGUGGUGUUGCCUAAUACCAGCUAUAAGUAUCAUCAUGUGUAUGCUUUUACUGUUUCAUAUCAUGGAGGGUUGAGUGGUAAUGGCUAAAUUGAAGUUGCCUGUUUAGCGUUUGGCGCGGGUAUAAUAGCUAGCUAGCUCUAUAAUGAAAGGUUUGAUGGA